GAGAGUCAAUGAGUAAAUAACCAAGGGAACAAUGGACUCCUGUGACAUCUCAGAGAUUUUUAGGGUACUGCAUUAUCACAGAAUUCAGGUAGCAAAAUAUGUUAAAUGAGACACAGUUUGUCUAACCUUAGGCCUAUUGUGACAGAUGUCAUUUCUUGGAGAACAGACUCAUUAAAGAUUUUUAAAAAUCCUCAAAUGAGUUUUAAUUCAACCUUACAGAAAGGUGCCCUGCCCACAAGUUAACAAGGUUUUCCUCACUCCCGAGAUAGCAGAGUGAAUUAUGUAUCACUGAACAAAAAUGUAAGACUGACUAGAGCAGUUAACUAAUCAUGGAUUCAAAAGACAAAAAUGAUUUAUUUUGUACUGAAAUUUUAAGGAAUCGUUACCUGGCCCCUCACCAUUUACUUAUUUAGGGUUUGCUAUAAGGAUGCAGUUCUCUAUAUUGCCCCAUGCUGAAGGCAAUUCUUCUAAAUGAACUCAUAAAUGGUAUUUUUUUCAGGACUCAGUGUGAACAUAGCCAAUAAAAAGGCCAUUAUUCCGGUGGCUUGUUUCCUCCACUGGUUACCCUUAUUGCAGAAAUAACCGUUGUUUCAUUAGAGUAGAUGCAGGAGACACCAAAGAAGUACUAGGAUGAGGGAAAUUAUACCAAGGGCAUGCAGACUGAGUGCAUUGGAGCCUAAACUCAAUUUACUGAUUCUUUCCAAAUAUUCUAGGGCUUAGCAAUGUAUGUGCAAAAUAGUCUUGUGCAUACAUUGCUCAUGCACACAUUGUACUCUUUGCUCUGGAUCUAAACCCUUGUGGGAUAGAAACUGGAAAAUAAUUCUUGUGCAUACAUUUGUUUUUCAGUUUCUAUCCCGCAAGAGUUUAGAUCCUAGAAAGGUUGCAAAGGUCUUUGAAGGCAAUGGUUAAAUGAAAUAAUUGUUCUACGACAAGCUGAACACAAGAAAAUUUUGGUGAGUAGAAAGUCUGGCUUAACAGCUGUGUGCAUCUUGUUUGUUUAAAUUAUUUCUGCUUCUGUUAUUCAGGUGUGCUUCCAUUGUCUGUGUGUGGGUUGCAGAGGGAUGGCUUGGUGGCUGUGGGGACAACAGAGCAAGGAGUACAUUUUUACACUUUACUGUAAAGUGAACUAAAACCUCAAUAAACCAAAUUUCAGCUGCAACAAAGCCCAGCCUUUUCCUUUUGAAGCUUAUAAAUACGCUUUUCUUAUUAGUAUUGUUCACUAAUUUUCAUGGUUUUGUUUCUUGAUUCUACAAAUACAAGUCAAUUGCUUGCACAACCAAGUAUAUAAAGGUGCCCCUAACAACUUGAAAUGUUUAAUUUUAUUUAGAAUAAAUUUUGCGUAUGCCAUUCUUUUGCAUAUGCCAUUCUUUUGCAUAUGCCAUAUGUGGGUAAAUUAUCAAAUAAGGAAAUAAAAUAGGAGUUCUAUAGUACGUAAGGCAUUGUUGAUUUAGGGCCUAAUUUGUUUUUUAUUGCAAAUGGAUAAAUAUGGAUGGAUGAAGAGUUACAUCUUUGCAUUGAUGCCCUAUUCAAUAGAUAUUUCUUCCAUCUGUGUCCUUCCUUCCACCCUACAUCUGUUUGUCAACUUCUUUCAAGACUCACCUUCUCCAAGAGGCCUUUUUUCAUCAAUUUCAACCACUCUCCCACCUGGGUGCCUAUCUUACUUUUUUCCCCGUGAACAUUUAUGCAGACACUGUGCCAGGCUAACUGGAAUCUUUAUGUAAAUUCCUCUUAUCCAAAUUGAAAGUUCUAUGCAAGGGCUUCUUCUUGCGCUUUUAUAAAACAGCAACCUCUCAAUGGCAUUAGAUUCAUAAAGGCUAAUUCAGUAAGUAUCCAUAUGAAUUGAAAAACAGGCUUUCAAGGACCUAGAGGAUCUAGAGGAGAUCCUAAAUCCAGUGUGUUUAGGUCACACUGCACCCUAACAGUUUCUAUUGACCACCAGCAGCAAUAAUAAAAAUUGACCCAGUCACCACCCACACAGGUGUACAUAUUUAUGUCAAUUUCUCCUACCAUCUUUUAGACUUGAGAAAUGAAAAGUAGAGCAAAUUCUGGGGAACAUCGUUAAUAUAUUAAAAUGCAAUUUAAUGGCAAAUUUUGCUCCUUGAUCACCUCUUUGCUUAUUUUAGAGAACCAAAGACUUUUUUUCAGAAUGAUUAGAAAGAUAUUUAAUUAAUGUAGGUGAAAUUUGUAGGUAUAAUUACUGAACUUCUAUUGCAAUGUAUCACAGUGGAUAGGAUGAUAAAUUAAUGGGUAUUUGUUAGCCAUAUUUAAGAUUAAACAUUAAAAAAGUCAUUAAACUGAUUAUGCUUUGAAAAUAAUCUUCCCAGAAAAAAAGGGUUAAAAUUGCUUCUUUUUGUUCUUUCAACUCAUUUGAGUACUCUAGGGUACACUCUCCGGUGUCAACAAAGAGAUCAUUUAUAUCAGGUAUAAUUUUCAAAGGAACAACCGCCUGAUUUGUAAAUCAACUACAACAUUUUAAGAUCAAUGACCAAUGCUACUACUCAUCUAAUCUUUUAUUAUUAAGGCAGAUAAUCAUGAAUUAAUUCAGUUGAUCUUUUAACAACUUAGAUAGUGAAGAUAUCUUCAAUAACAUACUGCAAGAGAAAUUGUCAAAAUCUUUUAUAGGUAUCUCUCCUACUUGUGUAAUGAUAAAUAUCUUUUGGUUUUCAAAGCAUCAAGCAUACUAGAAGUAGUAAGUAUUCAGUUAAUGUUUAUGGAUCUAUUUGUACUUUGUUUAGAAUGCUUUUAUACUCAUUGGCCCAUUUGGUCUAACUAGCCAUCCCCUGAGUUAUUUUCCCAAUUUUUCAGAUGAGAACAAAUAAAAUCUUUAGAAGGUCACAAAAAUAAUAAGUAGUGAAUCCUAGACUGAAACCUACUCAUUUCUGUUUUCAUGAAAUACUGGGGAGAGAGAGAGAGAAUAAAUACUUUAUUACAUGUCUCAUUGUUUUCCAGUUUUACAGUACUACAGGAAAAUAAGUGUUUAAUAAUAAUUGCUAACAUGAAAAAAUGUAACACAUACAAACGUUAUAUCUUCCACUUUCAACUGAUAAGAACUGACCUUAUAUCAAUCUUCUGUAUAAAAUCAUUUCUGUUAAGUUCUCCUGUAAAAUUUGCACCAUUUCUUCUAUAUAUAAUCAUCUUUGCAAAGAUCUUGAGAAAUGUUUGGAUGAAAUACUGAACUACAAACAUAAAAGUCAAGAUGUCGAAAUAUAGUGUCAAUUUUAAUAUUACUUUAUAAUUUGAAUUGCUAGUGAUCUAAUGAUUGAUAUAGGAAUAAUGUUUGAAAGCCAAAAACAUUAUAUAGAUACUUUGUGGCAGAUAUGCCAGAAUGUGAUUAUACUUAAAACAGCAUUCUAUACAUUUCGAGAAUGUGAAUUAAUGAUAGAGAUUUCAGGUUUCAGAUUAUUAUUUGAUAUUGAAUAAAGAUGUUUAUGGAAGUCAAAAUAUGGAGUAAAAUAUUAUUUAAGGAGAAAUGAAGAUAAUCUUCACAGAGUUAAAGCGUGUGAUUUUUGUAUUUUAAUUCUAACUGACCAUGUGACAUUUGGGAAGGUCAUUUAAUUGAUUUGAGCCUCAGUUUUGGGGUAUGUACAACCACAGUAACUCAUAUCUUUCCUUGCCUACCCUCUAAGAUUGGGGAGAAUCAAAUUAGAUAAUGCAGGUGAAAUACUGCAAUUUUCCCUUUAAUAUGACAUUGUUUUAUAACAUUAUAUUACUGAUGCAACAUUUAUUUGCAUCAUGAAAUAUCUUCUAAGGAGUAAAAUAUUUAGACAUCACUACAAUUGAUGAGGACUGCAUGUGUAUUUUUGAAAGCUGUAUUCUGAUUUACAGAGCAAAAAUAAAAAAUAAGCAAGCCAAAUAUGUAAAUACAGGAAUUAGCCCAGUAGUAUUUGUUCUUCUGUUCCACUAGAGGCUUUAGAGUAAUAUCAGUGUAUGUUUUUCUUACAUAACUAUGUGACAUUACUUAGGGCAUAAUUCUAAAAUUUCUGUCCUAGGAGACACUAGAUAACUCUCAAAAACUUCUGAUUUGCUUGCAUCCCUUUUUGGCAGAGUGGUCACAGUAUAAUGCUGGAGGGUAGGUGACCCCAGAGUUCAGAGUCCUCAUGCUCCCGGGAGCAAAAUUCACAGGAAAAUAAGCCCACAUGGAGCUACUGCAUUGUCUGAUGGCCUCGUUUGAGGAGGCGUCAAUUUAACUUUAAACCCGUGAGCUCAUUGAGAUCAGGGGAGAGAAGGGGAUGUCUCCAGAUUCAGGAAACUGUUGCCAUAGCAUUUUCCCUUCUCUAUUCCUGCAUAGCCCUCCUCCCCCGAAUCAGCAAAAAUUUUUGCUCCACCGUUUUCUUUCGGGAACCAGAUGCAUUUUCAGAAGACAGUACUCCACUGAUAAGGUAUCUACACCACGUAAUAACUGUACCUGGUAAGGAGAUUUAAUAAGGCUGAGGGUGGUAUUAAGUUUCUCAGAACAGACUUAUCUUUGCAGAUGCAAUUGCAGAACAGGAAACAGACCCAGGGAGAAGUUUAGGUCCCCCCAAAUCUCAUUGGCCCUCCGCACAAGCCAAGCCACGGCCACUCCUGCCACACAAUCGGAUUGCUUUCAGCACUCGCAGCCGUGGACAGCUCCCUCGCCGUGGGGUCCUUUCCUCUGCAGUGAGCUGAUUUGCUCUGCCAGCAGCUGUCGGUGCCGCACUCGACACCAAGUCCAAGCCAGCGCUCACAGAAUACGCGCUCCCUCCCUCCUCCUUUUCUGUCCCCCGCCCCUCGCUCACCCCGGCCCACUCCAGCGGCGACUUUGAGGGAUUCCCUCUCUGGCGGCCUCUGCAGCAGCACAGCUGGCCUCAUUCGGGGCACUGCGAGUAUGGAUCUCCAAGGAACAGCGGUCCCCAGCGUCGACAGACUUCGAGUUCUCCUGAUGUUGCUCCAUACAAUGGCUCAAAUCAUGGCAGAACAAGAAGUGGAAAAUCUCUCAGGCCUUUCCACUAACCCUGAAAAAGAUAUAUUUGUGGUGCGGGAAAAUGGGACGACGUGUCUCAUGGCAGAGUUUGCAGCCAAAUUUAUUGUACCUUAUGAUGUGUGGGCCAGCAAUUAUGUAGAUCUGAUCACAGAACAGGCCGAUAUCGCAUUGACCCGGGGAGCUGAGGUGAGGGGCCGCUGUGGCCACAGCGAGUCGGAGCUGCAAGUGUUCUGGGUGGAUCGCGCGUACGCACUCAAAAUGCUCUUUGUAAAGGAAAGCCACAACAUGUCCAAGGGACCUGAGGCGACUUGGAGGCUGAGCAAAGUGCAGUUUGUCUACGACUCCUCCGAGAAAAACCACUUCAAAGACGCAGUCAGUGCUGGGAAGCACACAGCCAACUCACACCACCUCUCUGCCUUGGUCACCCCCGCUGGGAAGUCCUAUGAGUGUCAAGCUCAACAAACGAUUUCACUGGCCUCUAGUGAUCCGCAGAAGACGGUCACCAUGAUCCUGUCUGCGGUCCACAUCCAACCUUUUGACAUUAUCUCAGAUUUUGUCUUCAGUGAAGAGCAUAAAUGCCCAGUGGAUGAGCGGGAGCAACUGGAAGAAACCUUGCCCCUGAUUUUGGGGCUCAUCUUGGGCCUCGUCAUCGUGGUAACACUCGCAAUUUACCACGUCCACCACAAAAUGACUGCCAACCAGGUGCAGAUCCCUCGGGACAGAUCCCAGUAUAAGCACAUGGGCUAGGGGCCAUUAGGCAGGCACCCUCUAUUCUUGCUCCCCCAACUGGAUCAGGUAGAACAACAAAAGCACUUUUCCAUCUCGUACACGAGAUACACCAACAUAGCUACAAUCAAACAGGCCUGGGUAUCUGAGGCUUGCUUGGCUUGUGUCCAUGCUUAAAUCCAGGGAUGGGGGAGACUGUUUUGGAUUUGUAGGGUGAAAUGGCAAUUAUUCUCUCCAUGCUGGGGAGGAGGGAAGGAGGGGUUCAGACAGCUUUCAUGCUCAUGGUGGCUUGGCUUUGACUCUCCGAGGAGCAAUAAAUGCCACUUGGAGCUGUAUCUGGCCCCAAAGUUUAGGAUUGAAAACAGCUUCUUUGAGGAGGAAACCCCUUUAGGUUCAGAAGAAUAGGGGGUGCUUUGCUCCCUUGGACACAGCUGGCUUAUCCUAUACAGUUGUCAAUGCACACAAAAUACAACCUCAUGCUCCCUGCAGCAAGACCCCUGAAAGUGAUUCAUGCUUCUGGCUGGCAUUCUGCAUGUUUAGUGAUUGUCUUGGGAAUGUUUCACUGCUACCCGCAUCCAGUGACUUUGCAGCACAAGAAAACGAUUAAUGUAACUAUGCAGAGUUGUUUGGACUUCUUAAUGUGCCAGGUCCAAGUCAGGGGACCUGAAGAAUCAAUCUGUGUGAGUUUGUUUUUCAAAAUGAAUUAAAACACACUAUUCUCUGGCCUUUGGCUGCUUUCUUGAAACAAGAAAACAAAGCUAAAAUGGUUUCUUUGGUGUCCAGAGGAGAAAGAGGAAAAGAUGAAGACGGAUUUUGCAUGUUUGCAAGAGGAAAAGCAAAGAGAGGGCAGGGAACCAAUGAGGGGGAAGUCGGCUUUUCUAGGUGAAAAAAAUGGAUUUUUUUUGGCAAAUAUAAAUAGUUUUAAUAAUGGCACCUGUUGACCAGUUGGUCUAAUAUUGCUUCUGAUGCUUCUUGGUCUUGAGUUUGGCAUUUCACUUUGGAUUAAAAAGGUGGACUGGACAUAGUAGCCUAAGUUGAGUUCCAUUUGAAGGAAAAUUCCUGGAGAAAUGCACAUAGUUUGAAUUUCAUUCACUUUCUAAAUAAUCAUUUUUUUUCCCAGAAUGUCCGAGUGGGAGUAGGGAAAAAUCUUUUCUCUGGUUUUAGAGUGGAACUCUCUCCCUCCACAUAUACAGUCUCCACUAUAUGAGAGGCAGCUCAUGAACUCCUCUCCCUGUCUUCAAACUGCUCACAAUAGGAUAUCUUCAGAAGUUCAUUAUCCCAGCAAUCUCACCAAGUGUCAUCCAGUUUCUGUCCUAUUACCCAUUUGUUUGCUGUUCUAUUAACCACAAUCUUCUUGUCUUCAUGAUCUCUCUUCAGUGUCUGCCUCUUACCAGUGAGGGAAAAAUCUCUAAUUCCUCCUAAAAUUUUCAUGUUGCACAAGGAAAAAAAUACCUUUGGUGAAAACUAAAAGAUGGUUAACUCCAUUCUUGUACUCAUCUGUGAUCUGUGAUCUUCUCACCCACAUUCCCCAAACUUGACAAACCAUUUCCUUUUUAGCAUCCCAGUAUUUUCUUUAAACGUUAUAUUCCUUAUUUGGACCCAUCUGAAUAUUUAGGGGAGAAAUGGACACUUAGAUUUAUCUAGGAAAUCACAGUGAGUUACCAUUCCCUUCUGCAACCCUUUUGAAAAAGAAAUCUCAAACCUUUCUGAGUCAUAUGUCUGAAAGCUCCCAUCUGUGUAUGUUUUUCUUUAAACUUGCUUUCACAAAACAUAAGGCUUAUUAUUAGUUUUGGUAUUGUCAUGUAAUUACAUCAUUGUUAUGUAAAUGUACAUAGCACCUACUAUUGUUUUGUGCACCUAUUGAGUACAGGCUGAGUAGUGCUUAUAAAGUAACAAACUUGACUUUAGUUUCUGUAGGGAAAGACUGACAAGAGAACAAACAACAUACAACAAACAUGUCAUUCUCAAAAUGUCAGAGUGCCCUGAAUCUUUAGAAAGUGUUGACUCAUGACCACAUCCGUGUGUCUCAGCUACUUCAAUCUUUCCAGAAUCCAAAUAACAGUGAUUUUUCCACAAGUAAUGUGCAGGAUGUAU